AUGGCUCCCUUCUCUGCUCCGCUUCAGCCAGGACUCCUCGGAGCGUCUCUCCACGAUGUCUUGACGCGUCUCAAGGCCGAGCCACAGCGGUUCCCGAAGCUCGACGUCCUCUACUCGGCCGACCGUCCCGUCACGGAGCCCGUAUGCGUUAACCUGCCGCAGAAUGGGCUGCGUCUCCGCUUCGACGGCCCCGAGCAGCGCCUCCGUCUGAUCGAGGUGGUUGACUUUACCAACAUACUCAUAACAUACAAAGACAGGGAGGUAGUACGGCCGCAGUCGCCGGAGGAGUCGUCGCCGUCGGCGGCGGUGGUUGGGGCGGGGGGGCCUACGUUCCGACACAUCUACCACCACGCCGUGGGCCCCACAUACGGCGGAGAGUUCAUCCACCCCCCUGCCGGGCAGAACAUGGGCAUCUACGUCCUGUCGUACCCGGGCGUGGCCUUUAACUUCUCCCUGCCGGCGUCUGCCUAUUCGCCCGACAAGGACGUGGUGGCCCUGAUGGCGUCGGCGCCGAGCCAGCUGGCCACGUCGAUGGCCGUCUUCAGCGGCAGCUCGUGGGCCGAGGCACGUCCGACGCUGUGGACCGAGACGCUGCCCAGCGUCAAGGUGUCGUCGCUGCUCCCGCGAAGCAAGGACGUGUACCCUGACGAGGUGUCGCUGGUACGCGUGCGCGGCGGCGGCAGGAUCGACAUGUUCCGCAAAUGGACGGCGAACCAGUUCCACACCAUCACCCUUGGGGAGACGACGCCCCAGGACCUCGUCAGGGAGCUUGGCCCGCCCAGCGCCAUCUACCGCAAGAGCGAGCAGAAGAUGGGCAUCCACAAGAUGCGCGCCGCCAGCACGUCCCGCAGCCGCCCCAGCGCGGGGAGCAUGGGCACGGGCCGCCCGGAAGACCUGACGGACACGGAUCGGUCGUCGACGAACACGACUGGAUCGGACGACGACGCCGCGGACGCCGACGACGACGAGGACGACGAUGACGGCGUGUCGCACGACGACGUGGCCGUCGACGAUACCACUGCGAGCAGCAGCAUCGGCAAUCCUGCCGGCGAGUGUUUCUACAACUACUUCCACCUCGGAUUCGACGUGCUCCUCUCCACACCCGUGAACCCAUCACCUGCACCGACACAAGCAUCUGCCCACGAGCAGCAGCAGCAGCAGCAGCAGAACGACAUCAAGAGACACUCUCCCGAUCGCCUCGUGGCAACGAAACUCGUGCUGCACGGCAACGUACCGGGCUCGUACGAGUUCAACCGGCACCGUCGCUGCAGGUGGGAGAUUGACUAUCUAGGUGACGGUAGCCGGCCGGUGGCGGACUCGGAGGCAACGUUUGAGGAUAUCGAGGACAGGAUGAAUGAUGUCUGGGGACCCGACAACGUCAACGGCAAUGGUGGUCACAAGGUGAUGGCGGCCACGACCCGGCAGGAGUCGUCGCACCAGCACCAGCGGCAGAGGGGUAUGGUCCUCAACCGCGGCUGGGACGACAGCCCCGGGUCUAGCUGUGAGCUCCUCGGCGGUUGGGAGGAGAGCGGGGCGAGGAGGGUCGAGACGGUUGGCGACUCGACGACGACGCUGUAUGGCUUUCCCGGGUUGGUGUUUGAGGUGCUGAAGAAUGGAUAUGUCAAUGCUGUCACGGUGUUUUGA